CAUUUUCAAAUAUUGUUUACAUUCUAUCUUCAAGCGACUGUUAUUCCCGCUGUUUCUCGACAUAAUAGAAACCAAUUUUUGGCGCGUUGUUGCUUUUAUUUAUAAUUAACGUGUCCUUGGUAAUGCUUGCGGUAUGGCAACAUCUGUCAGCACAAAUCCGUCAACUCUGUUGCCUCUAGAAUUGGUUGACAAAUGCAUCGGUUCACGGAUACACAUCAUUAUGAAAAACGACAAAGAAAUUGUCGGCACUUUGUUAGGUUUCGAUGACUUUGUGAAUAUGUUACUCGAAGAUGUGACGGAAAGCGAAGCAACACCCGAAGGACGAAGAGUCACCAAACUCGAUCAAAUUUUGCUUAAUGGAAGCAAUAUCACGAUGCUUGUACCUGGUGGAGAAAUGCCUGAUACAUAAAAUAGUCCCUUUUUGUUCUAUUUUGUACGAUUAAAAUAUAAACAUUAAUCUAAGCAUAUGUAUUACAAAACAUCAGUGUUACACUCUGAUUAAAAAUAUUAAUCAAAAUAAAUAUUAUUAUUGUACGA